AAUUUGCUACUUGGAAAAGCAAAAAACAUGGCUUCCCACACAGUGAACCCUGCUAACCAUUUGCCAUACUUCUUUGGCAAUAUUACACGUGAAGAAGCCGAGGAGUAUCUGAUGCAAGGAGGAGUGAGUGAUGGACUAUACUUGCUCCGCCAAAGCCGGAAUUACCUGGGGGGCUUUGCCUUAUCCUUGGCCCAUGGAAGGAAGGUUCAUCAUUAUACAAUUGAGAGGGAGCUGAGUGGGUCAUAUGCUAUUGCAGGAGGCAAGUCGCAUGCCAGUCCUGCUGAGCUCGUUAACUAUCACUCAGAGGAAGCAGAUGGCCUUGUCUGUCUACUGAGAAAACCUUUCAACCGACCACCAGGUGUUGAACCCAAAACAGGACCCUUUGAAGAUUUAAAAGAGAAUCUCAUCAGAGAGUAUGUCAAACAAACUUGGAAUUUGCAGGGUCAUGCUCUUGAACAAGCUAUCAUUAGUCAAAAGCCUCAGCUGGAGAAGUUGAUUGCCACUACAGCCCAUGAGAAGAUGCCGUGGUUCCACGGGAGGAUCUCUCGGGAAGAGUCAGAACACCGUAUCCUCAUUGGGUCAAGAAACAAUGGAAAAUUUCU